AUGGAAGAAGAAUUUAUAAAAGAAGAUAAAGAAAGUAUUGAAGGCAUUGGGGAAGGUGAACCUGAAGAAGGGGAAAUUAUGGAUGAUGAAGAAGAAAAAAAUCAGAUAAUAAUUAAAAAAGAAGAAAAACAACAAAAAGAAAUAAAACAAAAAAUAUCAGAAUCAGAAAAAAUAAAAGAAAAUAAAGAAUCAUCUCCAAAUCAUUGUUCUUCGUUACAAUCUUCUGAACAACAAUUAAAAUCUGAAUUUCAAAGGGGAAGUAGUUCUUGGCGGAAAUCUUUCGGUUUUUCUGGCGGUCAUCAUGGGGGAAGUGGACGUGGUUCAAUUGGUAGUAGUAGAUUUUCAAGGGGUGGGAAUGAUUCAAAUGCUCGUUAUCGUGAUUUUGAUGGACGUGUUGCAAUGGUAGAGAAUUGGGGAGGGGAAGGGGGGAGGGGGGGGGGGUUGAGUAAAUUUCGAGGGAAAAUUGAGUUGAUAAACUUCGAGGGAAUUUUAAAAAAUAAUGAAAAUGAUGAAGAGAAAUAAUAAAAAUA